GUGGUGGUGAUGAUGAUGAUGAUGAUGAUGGUGAUGAUGAUGGUGAUGAUGAUGGUGAUGAUGAUGGUGAUGAUGAUGGUGAUGAUGAUGGUGAUGAUGAUGGUGAUGAUGAUGGUGAUGAUGAUGGUGAUGAUGAUGGUGAUGAUGAUGAUGGUGAUGAUGAUGGUGAUGAUGAUGGUGAUGAUGAUGGUGAUGAUGAUGGUGAUGAUGAUGGUGAUGAUGAUGGUGAUGAUGAUGGUGAUGAUGAUGGUGAUGAUGAUGGUGAUGAUGAUGGUGAUGAUGAUGAUGAUGAUGAUGAUGGUGAUGAUGAUGGUGAUGAUGAUGGUGAUGAUGAUGGUGAUGAUGAUGAUGAUGGUGAUGAUGGUGAUGAUGAUGAUGAUGAUGAUGAUGAUGAUGGUGAUGAUGGUGAUGAUGGUGAUGAUGGUGAUGGUGAUGGUGAUGGUGAUGAUGAUGGUGAUGAUGGUGGUGAUGAUGAUGAUGAUGGUGAUGAUGGUAAUGAUGAUGGUAAUGAUGAUGAUGAUGGUGAUGAUGGUGAUGGUGAUGGUGAUGAUGGUGAUGAUGGUGAUGGUGAUGAUGGUGAUGAUGGCGGCAUACCGCCGGCAAGCCAUGAAAUGGCACCCCGACCGCGUGCACGCGGCCAGAGGGGGAGCGCGGGGCGCAGAGGACGCGGCUGCUGCGCGGUUCCGAGCCAUCGCGGAGGCAUAUGAGGUGCUGGGAAACGAGGCGCGGAGGCGCGCGUACAACAGCCGCAGGCAGGGCUGGCGACAGCGACAAGCACAAGGGGGGGGCUGGGCCUCGGCACAGAGACAGGGGGGACGACAGGCAGGGUGGGACACGGGGGGAAGGGGCGGCAGCAGCAGCAGCAGCAGCAGCUACUGGAACCAUCAGCAGCAGCAACAGCAGCAGCACUAUCGGCACGACCAGCAGCGGUGGCAGCAGCAGGAGGGGGGCGGAGGGGCAUGGGGCCGGGUGUGGUCGCAGUGGGGGCGCGGGGGAUGGGUGGCGGCAUUGCGUCGAGGCAUGGGCCCUGCUGACCUGGCCUUCCAUGCCGCCAUUGGCAGUCUGCUCGUGGGAGGGCUUGUGCUGGGGGGAACGGCCGGGGACUACCUGUGGGCGUCUGCCAACAGGGGGGUGAGCGCCGUGCCCGAUGGGAUGUGGUGGUGAUUGUGGAGGUGAAUGGUCGGACGGGGUUGGAAUGGGGCAGGUCUCAAGUGUGAUUGGCGCAGGUCAGGAAUAUGCUGGGAUGGAUGGUAGGGGAUUUCCUGUGGGCAUCUGCCAACAGCGAUGAGUGGCGUGCCCCAUGGAAAUGUGGUGGUGAUUGUGGAGGUUAAUGGUGUGCACGUGGCAGGUCAGAUGCGUGAUUGGCGCAGGUCAGAAGUAUGCAGGGAGGAGUGGCCGGGGACUACCUGUGGGCGUCGGCCAUUAGAGGGGGUGUUGUGACCCCUGGGAUGUGGUGAGGCGACUCCUGAGUUGAUGUAUGAGUCACCUGCUGCCUAAGAGGGGUGAUUGCUGUGUCCUGUGGGAUGUAGUGGUGUGGUUGCGUGAAUGGGGGCAGGCCAUAAGUGCGAAUGGGGCAAGCUAGAUUUGUGUAUGAGGCAGGUCAAAAUUGCUAUCGGGCCAAUCCAAUGAAGUCAUUUGAAGAGGCCAUGGAGCGGAUAGAUGCAAGGAGGCCAGUGCCUCUCAUGGCAGAUGGUGCCAAAACCACUGAUAAUGCUGCUGCUGCUGUGGCCGAUGCUGCCACUGAUGCUCAAGACACUGGCUAGGAGGACGCAUGACAUUUUAGAAGGAAAUGUGAGCCACAGCCUUGCAUGUUUGAAACACACAGUGCAAGCAGUCAUCUGUACAUAAAUGCAUCGCAUGCCC